AAGAAAGACAACAGGCCAUCCCAGAAAAUACCAGCGGAAGAGACAGACUUCAUUCAUUUUAGGAUUAAAAAUCUCAUUUAGCACAUUGUAAAAGUAGGUUACACGUGCUGAAGAUUAUCUUCUUGGACUUUGACAUUGACCGUCAGCAAGAUGAUUGAGGUGGUGUGCAACGAUCGUCUGGGCAAGAAAGUUCGGGUUAAGUGCAACUCUGAGGAUACCAUUGGAGAUUUAAAGAAGCUCAUUGCUGCCCAGACAGGAACCCAGUGGAACAAGAUUGUAUUGAAAAAAUGGUACACCAUAUUCAAGGACCAUGUGUCUCUGGGUGACUAUGAGAUCCAUGAUGGGAUGAACCUUGAGCUGUAUUACCAGUAAACCAGAGGAUCACACAUCAAUGCAAUACAAACAGCUCCUCUCUCACACACGCGCAUGCACACACACACAUACACGCAUAUAAAUGUAUAUUUAUAGAUACUGACUGUGGUCAGUCAUCCCUAAAGAGUAAUGAGGGGAGUAUAUGGUAUCUAAGGAAUUGACAACACAAACACACACAAUACAUAGCUCUGAUCUUUAGAUUGCCGUGGCAGUUGAGUUUUAGCCAACUGAUUGUGGUGUUUUACAUGUUCUAUAUAAAUAUUUGUUUUGAUAUUGCUUGGAAGUAAAAGUGAAUUUAUAUGCCAUGAA